CGCCAGCCCUGAGAAUGAUGAGGACACGUAUAGGGGCGAAGCUAUCUGGGUUUGAGAUGGAGCUGGUGAGGGAGAUACAACAUGGAGAUACAACCUUUCAUACUGAUGAUGACGUCUGGCUUGGAGAGGAUGAUGAGCAAGAUGAGGUGGAUGUGGUCAAUUACUUUGCAAAUCUUUGCGCAGUCUACGUGGAUGAGGUAAGUGGUCAUGAUGAGCAGGAUCAAGAAGACGUCGUAGGCUGCGAAACUGGCGAGCAGGAUGAUGAAGACUUCGUCGGCUACUUUGCAACCAUCAAUUUGGUAUGUGAGAAGUGUAAAUUUGAAAGUGAUCAUGGGGUCAGCGGUCAUGAUGACCACGAUCAAGAAGACAUCGCCGGCUGCGAAACUGGCGAGCAAGAUGAUGAAGACGUCAUCGGCUACUUUGCAACCAUUAAUUCGGCGGGUGGGAAGUGGAGUGGGGGCAGAUGUCAACAGUCAACGGCAAUAGCACCGACGACGUCAACAGCAUACACAAAAGUGAUUGCAGUAAAGACAACGACAAUAACAACUCCUGUUGCUGACGAUGACCCUCAGCCACAGCAGGCCACUGAUGACAGGGAAUAUGUUUCUCUUCAUGAGGCGGGCGAGUGGGGGGGGGAGGUAGGGCUGAUGGAUUCGAUGGUGGAGAUGGGAGAGAAUGACGUCAGCGACAACAACAACAACAACAACAACAACAACAACAACAACAACAACAACAAAGACGGCGGAAACAACAACAUGGUUGAGAUGGGAGAGAAAGACGACAUCGACCUCCUGCCUGUGGUGGGGUUGAAGACUACGGCUGAGAUGGACGAGAUGGGAAACGACAAUGACCUCUUGCCUGGGGUAGGGCUGAUGACUACGGCUGAGAUGAACGAGAUGGGAGAGGACAUCAACAACAACAACAACGACAACAAAAACAACGAUGACGAUGAAGACGGCGGCGGCGAUUAUGGCAGCAGCGGGGCAGGGAGCGAAGAUGGGGGUGGAGACCAUGGCAUUGGUGUUUGCGCAUCCAUGAUCGCCAUCAGCACGGCGGGAGAGAACAACAAUGGUGAUGACAAUAUCAACAACAACAACAACAACAACAACAACAACAACAACAACAACAACAACAACAACAACCACAACCACCACCACCACCACCACCACAACAACAACAACAACAAAAACAAAAACAAAAACAACAACAACAACAACAACAACAACAACAACAACAACAACAACAACCAGGGUUGUUGACCCCUGGGCCCGGGGCCCCGGCGGGGGUCCCGGGGGUCAGGGGUCAGCACCCCCGGCCCCGGGGCGGGGGGGGAGGAAAUCAAAAACAAAUCGAAAA